AUGUCUUCAGACAAUCCCUCAGUCAGGUCAAAUGAGGACCUCAAAGCCUCCAAGCUCUUCGAUGUUUCCAACUUUUCUGCCGUAGUCACAGGCGGAGGAACCGGAAUCGGUCUCAUGAUCACCCAAGCAUUGGCCUCCAACGGCGCCAAAGUCUACAUUACAGGACGUCGCCAAGACGCCUUGAACAAGGUGGUGGAGCAAUACAAUACGGGACCUGGCAAGAUCAUUGCCCUUCCAGGCGACAUAUCCAGCAAAGACGACGUCAAGCGUCUUGCAGAGGAGCUGGCGAGCAAGGAGUCCAAGGGAAUCCAUCUGCUUGUCAACAAUGCUGGCAUUGCAAGAGAUGAUAAUACUCGAUUUUCCAAGGCCGGAACGCCAGAUUGGACCUCUGCAAAAGCCAUCUCGGAGCACUUUAUGCAGAGCGAGCCCGAGCAGUGGGCAGAAACAUUCCAAACAAACAUCAUAGCGCAGUUCUUCACUACCAUGGCUUUCUUGCCCCUGCUGGAAAAGGGCAGGAACGUUUCGCCUGGCUAUACCUCCUCGGUUGUCAACGUGGCUUCCAUAUCCGGCGUCAUGAAGGGGACAAGCAACGGGCAGUUCGCCUAUGCUACAUCGAAAGCUGGCUUCAUCCACCUAACGCGAAUGAUGGCCACCACUUUCGCCGAAGCCAAAAUCCGCGUCAAUUGCAUCGCGCCAGGCAUCUUCCCCAGUGAGAUGACAGCCGGUUCGUCAGGAGAAGACCAAAAAUCCAAGCUCGACAUGAGCAUGUCCAAUCCUGCGGGUCGUACAGGCCAUGACUCAGACAUGGCUGCCUGCAUCCUCUUCCUUGCAGGCCCUGGUGGUUUGUUCUUCAACUCCCAGGUUCUCUAUCCUGAUGGCGGGAAUAUUCUCGUGCAGCCAGCUGCGACGUAG